AGUUAGUACAUGGAUCCGCGUAGUACACACUACACGUAUGGUAUGUUACACAGCACACAUCACACACUCACUGUCUGACUGAAGUACCUAUACACAGUGCAUACUACGCACGUUCGAACGUUCCACGUCGUCUGUACUCUGUACAGUAUCAGCUGGUGUCGCACGGCAGCACAGGAACGGCAAUCAUUCGUCACUCAAUAUUCGCUGCAACGGUAGCUAUCACUUAAUCGCCUGUCGCCGAUUCAGAAUUAUUUUUUCUAUAGUUAUUAGUUUUACACGCAGCCGGCCUAGCAACGCUUUGAAUUAUGGAGAUCGAAAUUGUAACAACCACUGACAAGAAUAUUGGAAAAAUUAAAGUAACAGAUGCUUCUCAGAUUAGUGAUAUUAAAAAAAGCAUAAGCAAAGUAAAGUCAGUUUUAUAUCCAGACAGACAAUCUAUCAGGCUUGAACCUAGAGGAAAAACUUUAAAAGAUACUGAUAAAGUUAAAGAUUUAGGAUUAAAAAAUGGAUCGAAACUUUAUGUUAAAGACUUGGGCCCUCAAAUUGGAUGGUCUACCGUAUUUAUGGCAGAAUAUGCUGGACCCUUAUUUGUUUAUUUAAUAUUUUAUGCAAGACCUAGUUUGAUUUAUGGGGCUACAGCUAAUCAAAAGAUGUCACAAGUUGCUGAAGUUGCUGCUUACUGUUGGUCAUUCCAUUAUGCAAAGCGUGUGUUCGAAACAUUGUUUGUACACCGUUUCUCUCAUAACACAAUGCCAAUAAUGAAUCUCUUUAAAAACUGUUCAUAUUAUUGGGGUUUCACUGCUUUUGUUUCAUACUUUGUCAGCCAUCCAUUAUAUACUCCACCAUGUACAAUUCAAUUUUACAUUGGUCUUGGUACUUUUAUAUUCUGUGAAUUAGGAAACUUAAGCAUUCACAUUGCAUUGCGAAACCUUCGUCCACCAGGUACCAAAGUCAGGCGUAUUCCUGUUCCCACUGUAAAUCCUUUUACACUUCUUUUCAAUUUUGUUUCUUGUCCUAACUAUACUUAUGAAGUUGGUAGUUGGAUUGGAUUUACUAUAAUGACAUCUUCAUUUUCAGCUGGAUUAUUUACUUUUGCUGGAUUCUAUCAAAUGGCAGUAUGGGCUCUUGGCAAACACAGGAAUUACAAAAAAGAAUUCUCUGACUACCCAAAAUGUAGAAAGUCUAUUAUACCAUUUUUACUUUAACUUGUACUGAAUAUUUUAAAUAAGUUUUUUCUAGGACUGAAAUGGUGGGUGUAUAUUUUUUUUAUAGGUGUUUUGGUUUGUGUCUUGUGGAUACUAAAUUAUGUUAAAAAUUUACUGUUUUAUAUUUUACAACUGUUAAUUAAAAUACAAGUAAUUGAUCAAAUUGUAUACAAAUAUUUGUACAUUAGUUGUAAUAAAUU